GCUAAGUGGGUGACGUUCGGUGUUUCCAUCUUUUUUUUUUCUUUUUUUUUCAGUGACGAACUUCGAUUCGUUCGGGUUAAUAUAAAUAUGUGUGUGUGUGUUUUGUACGGAAAGGUUUUCGACGAUAUGAGAAGCAGGAUUUUAAAGUUUCUCAUCCAAAGUGAGAGCAUCAACGGAAGAAAAAUAAGAAUGCUCAGAGGAGUAGGAGGUAGACGAGGGAAGCGAGAGGAAAAUCUGCUGUCUCUGAAAUAAAAAAGGAGGAGAAAAAGAAAGAAAAAGAAAAAGGAGAGAAAAGAGAGAAAAAACAAGAAGAGAAAGAUAUAUAAAAAAAAAGGGAAGAAAAGGAAUUCCAUUGAGAGUGGUUUUCCGGAUUUGUCCUCCUUCCCGAUUUUUUGAAAGACGAAGAGGAAUAAGGGAAAAGAAGUAAAGAUAAACAGGAAAAAAUAAAUGUCGGUGUAAGUUUUCCUGAAUUUUUCCCUUGCUCCUGUUUUCUGAAGGAUAAAAAAGAAAAGAAAAAAGAAAAGAAUUAUCGUAAUAAGACUUUCGUGUUUUUCUCUUUCUCUCUUCCCGGUUUCCCAAAGAGAAGGGAUAAACGGAGAAAACCCGAGAAACAGGAUAGAGGCACAAUCGCUUCGCUAUUUGCGCUCCGAAGUUGGCCUAUAAUGUCUUUCGAACCGAGCGAUGACGUAGGACGCUUGAGUGACGUCAAGCGGGCGGCCCCGGCGAGUUCGAGCAGCAGCGUCGCGGCGUCUCCGAUGGCCACGUAAGCAGGAGCGGGCAGACCAGGGGGCGGGGCACGCGAUGACGUCACUCACGAGGUCAACGGCGAUCCGGCGGGCCAGCAGGGGCACGCCCGAGAGCUCCCUCGAGGGCGAGGAGGCCAGCGUCGCCACCACCUACGUCAGGAGGGCGACCGAGGACUCCGACGCAGCGGCCACGGAGGAGAGAAGCGGCGACGCGGUUGCCUCCAGCGCCAGCAAUGAGGGCGUCGCGAGGGAGAGCGUCAACGGCAAGAAGCCCCUUUCCUGCAGCUCGAGUUACCCUCAGACCAGCUCCGAGGUCAUCGAGAGCCAGCUCAGCCUCGACAGUGUCAUGUCAAGCAGCAGCAGUCCGGAAGUUCGUCAGGUGAAAGCGGACAGCAUCGUACAUCUCACAGGCAGCGGCGCGGGAGGUGCCAGAGGUACGAGAGUGAGCCUCACCCGCGAUGGCGGGGCGACGAGCCUCGACUCCAUCCGAACCUCGAGCUCGAUCUCCCUCCCGUCGCAGCUGAGCCUGUCCAUGAAGAAGCAGCUGACGAGGCCCGAGAAACAGCAGCAGCAAGUGCAAGACCCGCUGCACCACCCGCUCGCUCGCUCCUCGGGCGGGCUGCACGACGCGAGGCGAAGGGGCGGCGGCAGCGGCGGCGGUCCAACUUGUUCCCGACUCAGUUACUCUCGGGCAGUGGCGAGCGAGGGCGAGGCGGGCGUCACCGUCACCAUCUCGGAUACGAGCUCAGUGGACUCCCCUCUCCUCUCCCCUCACCACCAGCAGCGACCCCUCCUCGACCCCUCCUCCUCCUCCUCCUCGGCGGCCAGGGCCAAGGAGCCCAAGUUUAUCAAGGUCGAGAUCGUAGACGCCAAGAAGAUGGAACUGGACUCCGGCGGGCGGUUCGAGAGGAGAACCACCAUCCUCGACAGGUAAGUGCUGGUUCGCUGGUUCAGUUGUCGUUAGUAACUACCUAAUUAGCGCACCAAACGUGUUGUUAAGUCUUGGAGUGUGAAUAUGUAAAGUUUUGGAUAAGAUUAAAUGAUGGAAAA